GCGGCGGCGGCGGCUUCUUCUCGACCGGCAGACUCAUGGAUACGUGGAUAUUCUUCCUGUUCGUCGCCAUUGCCGACGUGGCGGCAUCAGUGGAGGUUCACUUCGAGAAUAAGGACGGUGGAUUCUUUCUGAAGCAUAUACCGCGACAAUAUUAUCCGGCCCGUGGCACGUCGGAUACUAUCCCGCCGCUAUCUACGGGUGUGUCGAAUAAUAACAAUAACAACAACAACAAUGCAGGAAGUGCGGUACCGUCGCCGCCGCCUGGCUCUGUCCUCUCGAUCGACAAGUUUACCGUCUUCCAGACGAGCGAGCCGGUAUCGGUGCGGGCCACGUACGGUCCUUUCAGCACCAAACAGACCGUACCGGCGCGUUACAUAGUCCCCGAUCCACUGGACGCACUGCCGGGGCCAGAAACGCGCCGCAAUCUCACGGCAGCGACGAUUCUAGACGCGCAGGAGCUCGGUGCUCGUCAUCUGGACAUGUCAGCUCACCUGGUGGGCAAUAGCGUACCGCGCGACUCGCCCGUACUCAGGGUGCUCUUCCAUGCCGGUAGCGAGGCCGGUGGUAGACGUCAGCUGCUGAUGGCGCGGCAUCAGCGGGUCUGUGUGGUGUUGCAUGCCAGUCUGGCCAGUCCAUCGCGAGGCAAUGCCGCAAGUAGGAGCAGCAAUGGACACGGCUACUCUUCCUCCUCUUCCUCCUCCUCUUCGUCUUCAUCAUCUGCGCUUACGGCCGCCUGCAGCCCCGACGGCGAGAACGGCGUGUGCCUCGCGCAAAUCACCAUACCGGCCGAUUGGUGGGCACCGUUACCGCCGCCCGAUGCUUCCGGCCGUGUUAAGGUCGCCAAAAGUUUGCCACGAUUGAUUCAGGUUGCUUAUUCCGUGCUGGAACCGCGUACGGAGGAGGUGGGACUUGGUAGUGGCGGUAACGGCGGCGGCGGCGGCGGCGGCGGCAGCGGGGGAGGUUCGGUCGACGCUACCGGUGAAUCAGGAUUCUGUAGACCCAGAGUGCAAAUACAGCCAGUCACUCCUCUGGGCCAAGUGCCGCUCGCGCCCAACAAGGCGGAUUACAAGGAACUCAGAGCGGAUGAUUUGCUAACGUUGCUGGUACCGCACGGACCACUUUAUCCGAGGUCCAGGUUGCACAUCCCGGCCUUCCUGCAUCCCGUCAAGGGGACGGACCCGCGGCAGGAGCGACCGCCAUUGAUCGUCGCGGUUUAUUUAAGAGCGCGAGUGAAGUCCGGCGUGAAAAUCCUGGAUGCUUCGUCUAGCAGCCCGGACUGGAUUGUCGAUAGCGAUGUCAAUGUGAAGAACACAGCCGCCACGUUUACGGCACGACGUAAGGAGAACUCAUCACGUGUAUCGAGCACGUCCGCAGAAGAAAUAAUGACGAUGCUGUUAGAGGCUAGCGAGGAGGGUAUAGGCGGAAGCUGGGACGGCGGUAGGAUCGUAUGGAGCGUGCGUUACGCGCUCGAGGGUGAGGAGGAGAAUGGCUCGCAGUUGACUGGCGUCGAUCAGCAGCAGCGAAUGCAGCAACGCCAGCUGCAGCACCAUCAUCAUCAUCAUGUCGAGAGACGGAAACUGCAGGCACGGCUGGAGAUACAGAAGGAUGAUAUACAGGCGGUGCUUCCGAUCUCCAAGAACUGGGAGGUGAUGAAUACAGCGGUGUUGACGGGGCGUCAGGUGUCGCAGGGGAUGAAGGUUUUCAUCGUGAGCCAAGCCGGCACGGUUGCCGAUGUCACGCUGCAGUCGUCCUGUCAUUCCGAGGACGAGAGUGUCCUCAAGGUAUCGUCCUCGUGCAGCAGCGUGUACGUGGAUGGCUCGGAGAUCCGGGGUUCCAGCAACGCAUCGGUCCUCGUCAAAUACGGCACGUAUACCGGCCUGGCGAGAUUCACCGUGUGGAUGCCCGAGCUUCCACUGGAGGUGAACGUCGCUGAUACGCGGCUGAAUCAGAUAAAGGGUUGGAAAGUGCCGGAGGAGCAUGUAACAAGUGCGAAGAGCAAGCGGAGCUUGUUGAAUGCGACGCGGAGCGAAGAGAAGGCGGAAGUUACCGCGACGUCAAUAAUACCACCGGAAGCGCCGCCGGUGACCGCGCGAGCGAAGAAGAGAAGUGCCGUUGAUCUGGAGGAGUCGAUAGAGGACACGUCAAUGGAUGUAGACGAUCCGGACGGGCUCCUCGAGGAGGACGAGCACGAGGAACGAUUCCGAUCUAACGGGAAUGAUCACGGAUGGGAUACAAUCAACUCUAUCGAUCGAAGUCUAUCUUCGGCUAAUUGCAGAUUGCGUUUCCAGCAAAGUCCGAUUGAGGUGCACGCCCGAUUCUUAGCGACCGAUCACGACUCGGGUAGAGUCUCGUACUUUGUUAAUCGGCGCACCUGGUUGCGCGUCACUGACCUCGUAGCUGGCAUGCUGCGUGUCUCCGAUCCUAGAAUAGCGACGCUUCUUCAGGGUAGACUGGUUCAAGGACGUGGAGUCGGUCGCACGGAGGUACAAGUAUUGUCACCGAUUACCGGUAGGGUUAUCGGUGCGAAGGAAAUCAGAGUCGGCAAUGAUCGCGUGUCUGUGACACGUUUGACUGUCCGGGUGGUGUCCGGACUUCAACUCAGUAUCAGUCCAGAUACUGCGAUCGAGAACGGAUACGUCGCCGAAACCUCGGUUACGAAAAGACUGACUGCUCAAUAUCAGGAAGGACUGUUGGACAUUGAUGUGGAGUUCUCGGACAGUACCCGUACACCCCUCAGGGAAAUCGCUGUGAGCGAUUACCAUUUACUGGUGGAGAGUCUGGAUCCGGAAGUUGUGGCGUUCGCACCGAUGGUCGCUUCCCAUCAUCCACGAGUAAUCGCGGUCGGCGAAGGCCGCGGCGACUUGCUGCGCGUCAGUUUACAGCUGGCCGAGUCCUGCCGCUUAUCCGGCAGACGUUCGAGCAAGGGCUCUCAGAGGACGACAGCCGCCGCGUUGGCAAGCGCGUCGGCCAAUGUCGAGGUGGAUUUCGCCUUGAGCGAGGUACCUAAUCGGCCAGAAUUCGUACAGAACGACGGCGGUGGCACGGUCGGUUCUCAUCAUCAUAAAGUACUUAAAACCGGCCACGGCCAAUUGGCUCCCGAUCUACACGACGUUAUGAUCGGGGGUAUGAACGGCGGCGUUGGCGUGCGUCACCACGGCGUCGGGGCGCGGAUGACCCCGCUCGAGAUCGGGAUGUACGUGCUGCUCGCGGCGUUCUGCUUCGCGAUCGUUGUCUUUGUCGUCUCCUGCGUGGUGUACGCCAGCAAGUUCAAGCCCCAGCCGCCGGACUCCCCACUGACCGGCGCGGCCGUCCCGGUACUUUCUGGCGCGGGUGCGAGGGCUCGCGCCGCCGCGAACCAGCUGGCGUCUGGCAGACGACCGCCACGCGAAUCGACCACCAACGCACACGACUGGGUAUGGCUGGGUAGAGCGACCCUCGAACGAGCUGCCUGCGGUCCGCAACAGGUGCGCGUAACGAGUAAUCCGCUGGCCGGCGAAGGUGAACCCGAGGCCGAAUUGGGCACAUGCUUCGACAAUCCGAAUCACAUCGAACUACCGUCUGCCAAUCAACGGCCCAGCGGCGGUACCAGUUCCAUCGACACCACCACUUAUUCCAAAAGGGACAGAAUAGCGCGAAACAGUUUCGCGGCAAAAUCCGCGGUCAAGCCAUCCGCGGUGAUACCGCCUACCACGACUACGUCGGCGACGACAGCGGUGUCGUUUGUGAUUCCGACUACCGCGCGGAACGACAACGAUGACAUUCCUCCGCCUUUACCGCCGCAUGGAAUACCAGUCGCAAACUCGACAUCGACAACAGCGACUGCGGCGACCACGACGUCGGUCGGCACGAAUAACGCGAAUAACGGCAAUAAUGAAGACUAUAAACCACCGGUACCGCCGCACAGAAACACAGGGGUGGGCGUGCGGCAGCCAGAACCGCCCGCGCCACGAAAGCAUCGCCACAGAGCAUCCAGUGGUGGCAGCGGCGGCCAUCACGGGAAUAAUCAUCGGCACAACAACAAAGCAUCGCAGCAAUCAAAUCAUUAUAUAGUCAAGUCGCACGGAAAAAGAGUGGACAACGCGAACAAGCAGAACGGCGAGAACGAGGAAUUCGUGGAGUUGGUGAAUCAUGAUGACAACAAGAGACACGUCGCGAAGGAGGCUGGGAGAUCCCGGGAGAUCAAGAGGGCGACUAUAGUCGGUAAUCCGAUGUAUUCGUCAUUCUCCACCUCCGCCGUGGUAUCCACCGCCGUCUCUACCGUAAACUCGUCUACUACUCCUACUGGCGGCGCGGCCUCAUCUACCACAACAUCUCCGCCGUCUUCGUCACCGUCCGCCUCGUCCUCAUCCUCCUCCAGCUCCUCUUGCGCCUCGUCCUCCUCCCAGGAGCAAGAGGAAUCGGCGGCGCUCGAUGACCUUAAUCUGGGUAUGGACUACAAUCAGAUCAUGCAGUACUUCGACAAUCUGAAAGAGUCGAAUGCCUAGGUGAGGCCGUUCGACCUUUUCGAAGGUCGAGCAGUAGUCAACGUCGAUACGGAACACCGGGAUCCUCGUUAGUAGAUACAGCGAACGCAUCGAGUUGUUUCUUUCCUCUCUUCAGAGAAUUCUCUGUGUCGAAAAUGCUGUCGAGAAUUCGCGACAACUCGCUCUCGCGGGAACGAGAUUCCGCUAUCAUCGAAAACGAUGAUACCCCCGGAUAUUUCGUAUUUUAGACUAUAAUCUAGUCAGCUUCCUAGCAGCACAUCAAGAGUAACGCGCAAACACAUACGCAUACACACAUACACAUACGCUCAUAUUAACAGAAACUUAAGAAAGGGAUAUCCCUUUCCUUCGCACAUGAUUCACACAGUCUCUCGACAAUUUGUUACGAUCGCUAGCAAUUUUUGGGCGCAACGGGUGAAAGUUCCUCAAGUACGAUAUAAUUUCCUUAUAUAUACACGUAUUUUAUCGCAUCGAUACGUAAAUAAUGAUACGUAAAAUGUAAUACACGAUAACAAGCUGAAGAGAUUGUGUGUUACAUCAAUAUUUUAUAUUAUAGGCCCGAAGAUGCAUAUUUUUACUAUAUUUUUUUACCAUUUUUACGAAUUAUCGUUAUCAAAACUUCAAUUUUGAAUAUCUUUUUUUUUUGCUAAUACUUUUGCUAUUAUUUAUUUAUGAAAUAUUUUCUUUAAUGACUUAAAAUCUUGGAUCUUGAUAAUAAUAUGUUUAAUAGAUUUAAUCUCUAUCGUGACUUAAAUUUUAAUAAGUGCACAUGCAAAGUGUAGUAUUCGAGUAUCGCGACUGCGAAAAUUUGCUGGCGUAAUAAAUAGUCGGAGUACUGUUGUACACGCAAGAGGCUUUAAUAAAAACUAUCUGUCGGUGGCCGGUGGGGUAAAUAGAUCGCUCGCUCGAUGACGAAAGCGUCACGCGGCAUUUCGACGUUUCUCGUUGCGAGCUUGCUUUUCUCUUCAUUUCGUGCAGGAUCAUCGUCGUGGAUCCUCGCUCUUGCCCCCGUGCCAUCUUGAUCUCUCGCUCGAGCCCUUCUCCGCUACCACGGUUCCUCCCCUUAUCAGGUCGCAAGAUAACGAGCGUCAGACAAUUCGAGAUGCUUUGUAUUUUGAUCACGCAUGCAUCCGAAUGCGCACGCUGAGUCGCAGGAAUUCUCCGAUGUUCGUCAUUUCAUAUAACUUUCACAGAUAUUUUUGUAUACUUUGCGUCGAAUUUUGUGCCAUAAAUUAAUUAUAGACCUCAUAGCAAAUUCGGUCGAACAAUUCUAAAUUUCUCGAAUUUUUUUAUGCAAAAUUCGCAGAGGAUAAUCGACAGAAUCUACGCGAAAAUCUUAAACGUGUCAGCGUGUGCAAUUUUUGCCAUUUAAUAGUGAAAAGUGCAAAAAAGCGUAACCUUGAAACUAUCAUGGAUAUCAAAAACUGAUUCACGUUUUUGUACAUGGAGAAACAAAGAAAGGAAAAUUUUAUACCAGUACGUGUCUCUUCUUCGUUGUUUCUGCCAAUGUUUAAUCUUUAUUCAGUACUCGCUUCACGUGCGAUCACUUUUUUAAUUCAACUGACUGCAGAAUGAACGGGCUAUCCAAUCAGUUAGCCAAAAUCGGUUUGCAAGGCGCGAUCGAAAUACGACGAAGCGUUCACUUGCGACCCGACCCAGUCGCAUCGGAGGACAUAUUUAUUCGAUCGACCAUACGUCGUAAUGUUUGUAAAUUUUGCUUUGUAAGACUG